AUGUAUCGGCCAUUUCCAAACAUCAUGCACGAUAGACGGAAGCUGCAAAAAAGCAUAAAGGCGAUACACAUUGGAUUUGCAGUUCAAGGUCUACACAUUGCCCGCGUGGUGGCUGCUGUUGAUGCUUGCGGGUUUGCUUACGUGAACCUGCUUCUAUUCCCUGGUUCUAUGCACGGCACCGUCAUCUACACUUGUUCCCAAAUAAAGAAUGUGCUGAAACAAAGACGGACACUGUCUGGAUAUUGUUUCCUUGAGGGCUCUGGAUUUGCUAAUGGAAACGAUAUCAUUAUCACAGCGAGAAAAUCCUCUGACUAG